AUGCAAGCUAAUUGUAUUUUGAAGCCACUGUAGUUGCAACCUUAGGUAAGAUCACUUAUUGUAAUAUAGAAACCGCUGAAACCUUUGGCUGGAAUGCAGCAAAAUCUAAAUGAGCAUUUAAACAACAUCAAGAACAUAAUUCCUUAUCAAUUUGUUGAUAAAAGCAGUCCUCAUAUUACAAUUUGUGGAUUGACUCCUAAGAUAACAGAACAAUCAUUAAGGCUAGUAUGUGCAGAAUAUGGAAAUGUUGUGAGUAUCUCUUUACGCGCAUACUAUAAGGAUGUUCAGGCAUAGAUUGUAGCGAAUGUUACAUAUGAAAAUGCCUCAUCAGCUUAGCAUGCUUAUAUGGAAUUGCAAAAGAAGGUAGAAAAUGGAUUUCAUUUUCAACUUUAUUAUGGAGGUCCAUGUUAUUAGAGUAAAUCCAAAAUAGUGAAAAUAAAGUUACCUAAUCCGUAGAUAAGAGGAAUAAUAGAUAAAUUGGCUAGACAAGUAGUGAAGGAAGGUGCACAAUUUGAGUAGAUGAUUAAGUAAAGGGAGAUAAAUAAUAGCAAAUAUGCAUUUUUAUAUUUGUAAUCUGAGGAGAAUGAGUAUUACAAAUGGAGAGUGUAUUCAUUUUAGAAUGGUGAUGAUGAGAAGUAAUGGAAGUAGGAACCCUAUUAUUUCAAUUUGAAUGAGCGCAUUUACAUUCCACCUGCAAUAGAAGUAGAAGAGGCUCCUUCAUUUGCCAAGAAGGAAUUGGAAAAAGCUUAAAGUAAAUGCAGCAGCAUUAUAAUCAUAGUUACGACAAAAAAUAAGAAAGCUCAAUAUUAUGUGUUAGAGGAUCAAGAUAGAUUGACAUUGAGUCAGAUGAUAAGGGAAUUGAAUACUUAGAAACAUACAAUAGGAAAGGCUAUGGUGUUCUGUAUUGACCAUCAGAACUGUCCAGCAGAUCUGAUGCUGAUUUUAGAGGAUUCACUCUUAAAUGAUUCUAUAUGGUCAAUGAAACUUGCUCGUUUGUAUUUGAUUUCAGAUAUUUUGAAUAACUGCAAUCAGAAUUUCAAGAGCUACAUUUAGUGGUGUUUACCUAAGAUUUUUAGUAAUUUGGAUCAGUUGCUGCCUUAUAAAGAGAAAAUUUUGAAAUUGUUGCAAUGUUGGCGAGAGUAGAAUUUGUUUGACCAAAAGUACUUGAAGGGAUUAGAGUUGUCCUUUUUGAUGAAAGAACAGUCAAUCCAAAUUGAGAGCAUCUCCUCAUAGCUUUAUAAAGAAAAACUCGCUCAUGUUGAUGAUGAGACACUUGAUCGUAUCUGCCGAAUCAAGGGACUGUGUUCUUAGGGUCCUCGAGAUACCCUAAUCCAACGUUUAGUUCAGCAUAAGUUCUACAACCGAGCCAACCAUGACGUCUCGCUUGAGCAAGUGUCCAAAUUUGUUCAAGUUUAUCGCUACAUCGUUGAAAAGGUAUUUGUGAUCUAUACUAUCAUCAAAUCAAAGGAUCAAUAAACUAUAAUAUCAUCCUAGAAGCAAUCAUUUACAACAUAAAUUCAAAUGAUGCAGGAGUUUCUUAAACUCUUAUAGAAGAGAUAUAAAAAUAUUAUAAGUAGAGACGGAGAGGAAAUAGAUGCAGUAGAUGAAAGAAUUUAUGAGUUCAACAAACAUAUUGAGAUCUAGAGAGCUGAGCGAAAUCUCUAUCUAAACAUAGACGGCAAGGAUCUUACUGAAGAAGACAUCAGAACAAUUGAUGAUAAGAAGGUUCAGGUUGUUACCAAUUAUGAGCUAACCUAUCUACAACCUAAACCUCCUUUGCCUCCACCUCCGACAGAUCCCAUUGAAAUUGAAGUCUAAUAAUAUCGAGACAUUCUCUUUCAAAGUGGUUUGUAUGAUCCUUUCAAAAUUGAAGAAUUCUCUAAAUCUAAAAGAGCUCAAUUGGUUAAGGCUGAUUAAUUGAAGAAGGAGAGGGAGAGACAAUUGUUACUGAAGUAGCAAUAAGAGUAGAGAGAGAGAGAAAAAGAAAGAGAGAGGGAAAGGGAAAGAGAGAGAGAGAAAGAAAGGGAAAAAGAAAGGGAAAAGGAAAGAGAAAGAGAGAAGGAACGUGAGAGAGAAAAGGAAAGAGAAAGAUAACGACAUCAUAAUCGUAAUAACAAAAGAAGUAGUUCAAGUUCUGGAUCAGAUAAAAGGAAUUAGAAGAAAAGAAAUAUGAUUAGAAACAUUAUAAGAGAAGAUCCAGAUCAAGAAGCAAUUCAAGAAAAAAGAAAGCUCAAAACAAAAAGAGAUGAGUAAAAUAUAAUAAAGCAUAAAAAAUAUAAUUACAAAAUAUAUUUGUUCAUCAAACCAUUAAAGAAUUUUGAAUUUGUUUUAGAAUAGUUGACUCUUGGUAAACGAAUAGAUGGUCGAGAUCCCUUACAAUUAAGAAUGAUCUAAUCUCAUUUUGGACCUUAGAUUACAGGGGCUGUUGAAUUAAGUCUGGGUGAAACAAGUGUAUCAAGAAUGUCACCCAAUCCAAUAAGACCAUCAGAAGGAUUCCUUAAAUUUCAUCUGGAUUUAUAGGUAUUGAGAGAUACCGGUUAUAUGCAUAAUCCAAUUAAAUUGGACAUGGAAAUAGAAAAAUACAUUGAAAAAGUAAUCAAAGGAUCCAAAGCUCUUGAUACUGAAUCUUUAUGUAUUUUGUCUGGCAAAAAUGUUUGGUCAAUAGAUGUUAAUGUAGCCUUAAUUAAUAAUGAUGGGAAUCUCUUAGAUGCCAUGUAUCUCUGCUGUAUUUUCUCUUAACAACAUUUUCGAAGACCUUAAGUGAGUGUUUCCCUUUAAGGUGUAAAAGUGGAAGUUGAAAAGAGAUUGGUACCUUUGAGUAUUCAUCACAUUCCUCUAAGUCUCACUUAAGCAAUAUUGGAAUUGAAUGAAUAAACCAUUCUCUUAUAAGACUCAUGUUUGGAAGAGGAAGAUUCAGAAUGGAAGAAUCACUUAUGGUGUAAACAUUUAUAAUGAUAUAUGCCAUGUGCAUAAACCUGGAGGAUCUCCUAUCAACAUUUUGAUAUUGCAAUAAUUGACAACAGUCACAUUGAUGAAAUCGAAACCAUACACAGAAGAAAUAAGAAAUCUCCUGAUUAACACUAAGGGUCUCCCAAUAGAGAAGACAGUUACUCUCUUCAAAUUUGAAUUACCUAAAUAGUCAAGUGAUGCCAUACCAUAUAGGUUGAUUAAUUAGAGUAAUUGUAUAAUUAAUGAGUGAUUGUUCUUUUUGCUUAUAUAAUAAUAAUGAAUAAUUUAAAAUUGAA